UCAAAUUGUGAAAAUUAAGGUAAGUAAUCUCUCUUUCUGCCUUCCCCUCCCCACUGAAAACGUCUAAGUCAGAAUUACCUUGACCUGAAUUCCUGCAAACUAUGACCUUCUUCUUACAUUCCUAACUGUCUUAUCCAUAUAUAAAUACCCCAAAUCCUUUCUGUUCUAUCAAAAACGCCAGAGUACAAAACCAAAUAACUCAUUCAAAGUACCAUCAAAGCCCAGAAUUAGAGGGAGACAAUAAGAGAGCAAGUUGAGAAGAUCGAGAAAGACCAAAUAUAAGAAGAAGAAGAAGAAGAAGAAGAAGAAGAAGAAGAAAAGCCAUGGCAGAUGAUUUUCAGCCCAGCAACUGGUGGAACAAAAGCAAGACUUGCAACGAGCACUCUGACUCUAAGUUACAGUUCUCAGGCUUUGGUUUCUCUGCUUCCUGCACUGAUUGGAGCCAAACUCCAAUUAGUAGUAGUAGAAGUGGAAUAGCUGAACCUGCCUUUCAUGCUAUGCUUCAAGAGGAUCUUAGCACAGCAGACUUUUUCAGGCAAGAGGUCAAAGAGACAAACCAGCCACUAUUGCUUGCUGCUUCUUCUUCUUCCUCAUCCUCUUCUUCUUCAUAUGCGCUAAGGACUCCGAUGUCGAUGAUUCAAAGCUUAGUGGAACCAGAUACGAAGUUUCGGCGAUUUUUGUUUGAUGAUCAGCAGAUGAGUGAUUAUCAGUAUCAGAUGGUUAUGGCUUAUGGCCGUGGUUCAAAUGAGAUUCAUCAGAGCCCUUUGAUAUUCAGUGGUUUGGCUCCCAGGGAGCAAUCUGCAGAGAUAAAUCUGAUGCAAUUCACAAAUAGUUCUACAUUCUUGAAUGAUUCCCCUGGAUUUUAUGAUCAUCCUCCUGCUAGCCCUAUAGGAAAGCCCAGUUUCUCUUCCUUAAUUGCUAAGAGCUCAGGGGAACAUCAAGAGAGGAAGAUCAGCAGCGAAUCUGUGCUGAAAAAGCCUCGAAUUGAGACUUCAGCACCCUUCAAAGUGAGAAAAGAGAAACUAGGCGACAGAAUCACUGCUCUCCAACAGUUAGUUUCGCCUUUUGGAAAGACCGAUACAGCUUCAGUGCUUCACGAGGCCAUCGUUCACAUUAAAUUACUUCAUGAUCAAGUCAAUGUUUUAAGCACUCCAUAUUUGAUGAAUUUGCAUCCCAUGCAGCAGCAGAAGCAGAACUCAGGCAAGUCGAAGAAAAGAGAGGAGUAUAAUAUGCAAGACCUCAGAAGCCGAGGUCUCUGUUUGGUUCCAGUACCGACCACCUGCCCAGUUACCAGCGAAGCCAGUUCUCAUUUCUGGACUCCAGCCUUUGGUGGAACAUACAGCUAGGGUUCUGAGGAAGAAGAUGAUGGGAGUAAAGGCCAUAACUGACUCGAAAUGCCUUUGAUUUACUAUACUUGAAAGAAAAGCAAAGGCUUGCGAAAGAAGAGAAUAAUGAUGGGGGAGGAAGAAAAGAGAGGAGUGGACAGUGCUUCAGAUUUCGGAGGAAGAAAGGUGCUGUGAAAAGAAAAAAAGUUAAGCUCAUCAUAGAAAUUUCAAAUUUGUGUGAUCAGUGUGCAGGAUAAUAAUUAAUUUAAAAAAAGAAAGAAACUUUGAUCAGAAUAUAAUGUAAAUUAGCUUUGUCUUAGGAUAAAAAAAUGAUUUUUAGUUUUAUUUUGUUGUACAAAAUAGUUGUCUUGUAGUUAUUAUAUAAAUGUCUUUGAUUUCUGAAAAAAUGUUUUGCUUUGUUUUUUU